CUCGGUUCUCGACGCUUCUCCCCGCCUUUCUCUUCCUACGUACGCCUGAUCUACAAUCCUGCAUGUCAUUCAUAAAUAAGAAGUGUCCGCAUUUAACCCCGCACAUGCUCUCACAAUGUGACUUCCGUCUUCAUCCUGCUCUUUUCCUCCGUCCUCAAUUGAUCCUCUCCCACAACCAUGCAAUUAACAGGUGAGAAAUGUGGCCUAAAGGCCAUUAUCGAGAAGUAUCGGCCAGACCUGAAGCCAUUUGAAGAGAUCUAUCGCCAGUUACACAGCUCUCCCGAACUCGCCUUCCAAGAAGAGAACACAUCAGCCAUCGCUGCAGAUCACCUCAAAAAGCUGGGCUUUGAGGUUCACACACACAUUGGUGGAUAUGGAGUUGCCGGGGUCCUUCAUAAUGGCGAUGGGCCAACUGUUCUCCUGCGAGCCGACAUGGAUGCGCUACCUCUAGAGGAAAAGACUGGUCUGCCGUACGCGAGCGACAAAAUCGUCAAAGACAAAGACGGAGUAGAAAGACCAUCAAUGCAUGCCUGUGGCCACGAUACACACGUUACGAGUCUCAUGGCGAGUGCUGAGCUUUUACAUUCCGCUCGGAAUCACUGGUCUGGUACCUUGAUCUGCAUUUUCCAACCAGCCGAGGAGAUACUGUCCGGCGCAAAGGGGAUGAUUGAAGAUGGGCUGUACGAAAAGAUCCCCAAGCCAGACGUUGUCCUGUCGCAGCACGUUAUGAAAAUGAAAUCGGGCACAGUCAGUAUUCGCUCGGGUCGGCUGCUCACGGCUGCUGAUUCGUUCGAUGUGCGCAUCUAUGGGCGCGGUGGACACGGCUCGGCUCCUCAGACAUGCGUCGAUCCCAUCGUUAUCGGUGCAACGAUUGUGACGCGCCUGCAAACUAUCGUCAGCCGCGAAGUGAUGCCCGGUGAACUGGCUGUUGUUAGUGUUGGAAGCAUCCAAGCCGGCCAUGUAGCGAACAUUAUCCCCGAUCGGCUGGACCUGAAGCUUAACGUUCGGACAUACGACCCUAAGGUCCGCGAGCGUGUUAUAUCCUCCGUGAAGAGAAUCAUCGAGGCGGAAUGUCUAGCAGGAGGUGUGGACGAGAAACCUCUUGUUAAGCAGAUACUUUCUGCUCCCGCAACUAUCAAUGACGAGGCCACGGUCAAGGCUCUUCGAAGUACAUUUGGAUCAUAUUUCGGAGAAAGCCUGGUUGAAUCGGAACCAGCCACUGCAAGUGAAGACUUCUCUCUUCUUGCGACGGCGGUCGGAGCACCGUAUGUCAUGUGGACGUAUGGUGGAGUCGACCCUAAGACGUGGGAUGAUGCCGUGGAGCAGGGUACCACUGAUCGGCUACCUAACAAUCACUCCCCGUUCUUUGCUCCAGUGAUCCAACCGACUCUUGGUACUGCAAUUGAUGGAAUCGCCCUUGGAGCAUUGACUUUCCUGAAGCGGACUUAAAGUAUGGCAACCCCACACCGAAAGCAAGUCAAUGCGAAUUGUAUCGUUGCUGCGGCUGUCAUUUCUACAUCUGAGCACUUUUUUCUAUUCUCCUGUACAUAGUCUGUCGUGAUAUGGGACCAACUCGGUGAAUAUGAAUCCUAAAACACAGUAUUCCAAAGAUGCUCGGAGACAUUAAUAGCAACCAUUAAAGCAUCGGAUCUUCCUGCAAGGAGUUUCUCCAACACUCUACCGGCAUCGUUGGAUUCAUAAGUGUUAUCGAGAACAACACGCACUUCCUUGCACCGACCGGAAGGGAUAUUAUACUAAAUAACCACUAAUUAGUUAUACUAUUAGGACUGACUAACUGUUCUUUUCCAGGAGCUCCCAAUAAAAGCUCCUGCAGUCACAAUGACUUCGGUGUGCAAUCAAAAAGAGGAGAUCAUACGCAUGACCGAGGGGUUGUCGCAAUUUUGAUGGUCCUAUCCUAAUAAGAUGCGAAAGGAUGACCACUGCGCCGGUCUCCGAAGCAAUUAAUGAUUCUUUGUUAUAUUGUUGCAAAGCGGGGCUUUUGCUAUCUACUAUCGCAUUUUAAGUUUUGGCAGUGACGGUUCCCCGCCAACAAAAUUGUACCAAAUAGCAUUCUUCCCGCUAGUCCCUUAUGAAGGAUGACGAGACGAAACACACCUCACUUGCUAGU